AUGUCUUCCAUUGAUCAUUCAAUUAAUUUGUCUGCCGCCUGUAAAAGUUUUCCAUGCACAUUAAAUGAUGGAGAGUAUUCUUCAUUGUCCGGUUUGAAAUCAAAUAGCAUAAUGAAUACUUCCCAUGAGAAGAAUACUAGAGAGUUUGAUGCAGCAGAAUCAACUGAAGUGGAACUUGGUCAUCAUAAACUAGACCCUGAUUCUUAUGGUGACCAAGUAAUGCCAACAGAACUAAUUAGUUCCAUGACUACCGGCACUCCUCAAUUUGCUCCAAUUUUGGAGAAUGUAGCUUGUUUCAAAUGUUCUGACCAUCAAAGUGUCAAGACAUUACUGGUACAGUCCGAAGGCAAUGGUUUUGCAAAUUCAUCGCCUCAGCUUGGUAAAUCAACUGAGCUAUCACCUGCUUCAUUGAGCUUGCAGAUCAAUCCGUUGCACGGCACUUACGGAAAUUGUGGAAAAAGAAAGGCAAUCAGGGCAGAGGACGAUGAAAAGAAUCACAUUAGUUCUAAGAAAGGGUCUAAAGUUGAUAGCAGCCUCAAUAAUCUGAUGCAGCAUAAUGCUAAGCAUGAUGUGAUUGAAGCAUUUGAAACUCUGCAGAUGCAGCAAAUUCCAGAGGGUGUUGAAGGGCAACAUGAAAAUACAGGUGCUCAUUUGGUGCAUGAAAACCAUGGACAGACUCACUCAAAUAUUUCUGGUCUGUCUGAUAUUGGAUCUGUAGCAAGAAUCGAAGGCACCAUAGAUAAGGAAGGUCAAUGCGUGACUGAGGAUACUUUCAAUCAGACAGAUGAAGAACAUUUAGCUUGUUCGGAAAGACCUGAAAAGAAUAGAGAAGCUCAUAACCAAGGGAAAUAUGAGUGUCCUUACCACUCACCUGGUUGCCAAUCCAUGGAGCAAGUCGGAAAGGAUCAAAUAAUGCCUGUUUUUGAGGGAUUUUUCAUGCCGACUGAUGAUGAAACUUCAUUUUCUGAUGAUGGAUUUCGCUUUGAGAUGCCAGAUGUUCUAGAUGGUAUUACUGAACAUGCUAGUGCGCAAAAGCUGCUUUCCAAAUCUGCUUCUGUGCGUACACCAUUGUCACAUUUCUCCACCGCAUACAAGCUGCAUAAGGCACCAAACUUGUACAAGUCAGUUCCAAACGGUCUUCUUGAAUAUAUGGACAGCGGGAGCACGUUCUCUCUGAAUGAGUGUAAUGGGGUGAACAGCUUCUUGAACAAGGAAGUUGAGCAGGCUCCUUAUGGAAGGUCUCACUCUGAUUGCCUUCCUCUUUCAUAUGCUGAAUCUGCCGGAUAUCAGAAGAAAACCUACACAUCUCCUGUCGGGAAGUUGUGGGAUAUAAUUGCCUCUAAGUCUGGAAGUUCAAAGGAGAAAAGAAGCUUAAAUCCUGAGCUUCCCUGCAUUAGUGAAGAAAAUGAGAAUGUAGAUGAGGUAGCUGAUACAUCACAAGAGGGCAUUGAUUUAGAUGUUAGAACAAGUGCAGCAAAUAGAAAACCACUUGAUGAUAUUACAGAAGAUCCUAAUUGUCCUGCUUCAGUUUCUGAUACAGAGAAUGAGAUGACAAGAUGUAGUCUAGAUUCCAUCAGAACAGAAAUUAGCUUUGCUGGGACUCAUAGAAAGGAUAAACCGAAGCCUGGGAAGCGGGAAAGCAGCAAGAGGCAUAGGGCGAAGGACAGUACAACCAUGCCAAAAGGGCUGAACAGAGCGAAGUGGCCAGCGGAAGUGCCUAAUAACAGGUUUAGUAAGCCCAAAGCCAGCCUCAGGAAAGGUGGCCCUGGCAUCUCAGAAAUGGACUCUAAACGUGACAACAUUGUGUCUCAUAUGACUUCAUUCUUACCACUUGUUCCACAAAAACAAACAGUUGCACCUUUCACAGGGAAGAGGGACAUUAAAGUGAGAUCUCUUGAGGCUGCUGAAGCUACAAAACGUCAAGCAGAAAAGAAAGAGAUUGAACGUAAAACGAAGAAGGAAGCAUUGAAACUUGAACGGGCAAGAGUACAGAAGGAAAACAUGAGACAAUUGGAGCUUCAAAGGAGAAGGAAAGAAGAAGAGCAUAAGAAAAAAUUGGCUGAUAUUGCCAUGAAGAAAAGGCAGAGGGAAGAAGAAGAGAGGAGGGAGAAGGAAAGAAAAAGAAAACGUGUUGAAGGUGCUCGGAGGAAUCAAGAGAACCAAGAUAUGCCCAUAAAAAAUGAGCAGCAAGGACCAAAAUAUCAUGCUGCAGAGAAAGGAACAUUUGAGACAGAGAAAAGAGUUGCUUUUCCAGAGAAGAUACUGGAGAGUGAAGCUGAACUUGACCAGGGCUUAGGCUCUAAUCCCUGCACAACUGAAAGAAUUUGUGUAGAUGGAACAAAUAAGGCAACAAGCAUUUUGCAAAGAGCAACAGUUAUUGAGGACAGUGUCAGCGAUGGCAAUCAAGAACAAUCAUACGAGAUUUCACCCUACAAAUGUUCGGAUGAUGAAGACGAAAACGAAGACGAAGAGGAAGACGAUACACCCAAUGACAAAUUUGUACCAUCAUGGGCAAGUAAAAGUCGUAUUGCGCGGGCAAUUUCCUUUCUCAACAAAGAGUGGAUCCAGAUGUAAUUUUUCCCCUAGAUAGCUUUUGUAGUAUAUCUGAAGUUGUCAAGCCUCGGAAGUUUCAGAUACAAUAGGGAGCAUGCGACUUGCCAAAUGACUCCGCAAUGGGAUCUAGUCGCACUUUGUACAUUUUGCUCGCGAGACAAAUGGUAACAUAUUCUCAAUUGGCAGGUCAUAUUUAGUAGUUAUACAUUCUUUGGCAGUCGAUCUUAAGUUUCCAAUUUCUUCUCUUAUGAACCGUUGCUGAACUUGAUGACUCGACCCUUCCCUUAUCUAGAGUCAGCCAACCUUUGAUCCUUUCAGCUGCUGAGAUUUUGUGCCCCUCAAUUAUCUUUAUAUAGUGAAUUCGACCAAUUAAACAGCUGCCUUGUUAAUGUGGGUAGCAGCUCCCUUAGAUACUUUCUCGUCACAUGAAUCAGACCUGUUUAGGAAUGUUUCUCUCAGUGUGCAGCAUGAGCACAGUGAUGACCAAUGAGUAAUGACGUUGCAGAUAAAACAAAUCCUUGGAUUCCGAAGAGUUUAUGCUUAUUGCCGUUUU